AUGGAGCAGAACAGGAGCACCAAGAUGUACAACCUGUUCGUGAAGCACUUGGACGGGAAAACCCUAACCCUGUUAUUCCCCUCUCCGAUUCUCUACGCGAGUUCCAUCAAGGAUCGCCUCUUCGAACUCACCGGAAUUCCCUCGCAGCACCAGCGCCUUGUCACCGGUUUCUGCCACCUCAACGACGACAAAUCGGCGAUCCAAUGCUCCCCGGAGGACGGCAACAUGUUCCCGUCCGUGCGGCUGUUGCUGCGGCUCAAGGGUGGCAAGGGAGGCUUCGGGUCGCUUCUUCGCGGGGCCGCGACGAAGGCCGGGCAGAAGAAAACCAACAAUUUCGACGCGUGUCGGGACAUGAGUGGUCGUAGGCUGAGGCAUGUCAACGCCGAGAAGAGGUUGGAGGAGUGGAAGGCCGAAGAAGAGGAGAGAAGGCUCGAGAAGGUGGCGGAUGAGUUUCUCAAGAAGCAGAUGAAGAAGGGUAAGGGUAAGGGAAAGGCUGGAGGUGAUGGUGAAGCUCAUAAAUACGUUGCGAAAUAUAGGGAGGAAUCUGAACGUUGCGUUGCAGAGGUUGCCUUGUCCGUUAAGGAGGCUCUCACUGCCAAGCGCAAGAGCCCUUCACAACCCCACCAUGAUGCCAAGAAGUUGAAGAUAUGGAUGGGGAAGAGGAAAUUGAAUGAAAGUGAUAGUGAUUACAGUGAUGAAUCUGAUGAAGAGGGGCAAAUGGAAUCAGAUUUGUUGAAUGAACAAAAUGAGUCUGGGUUAGCUAAGGAUGAGGGUAGUUCGGGUUCGGUGACUGGUGGAGGAGGCUCCUCUGAUUCUUGCUCGUGUGAAAGUGGAUCCGAGAAAGAGAAGGAAACUGUUGUACAAGGAAAUGUGGAAUCUGUUGGGUUGCUGAGCGAUGAAAGUAUCCAGGCCAUGGAUGAGCCUGUGAUAAGCAAUGGGGCUACUGCAAUGCCAAAUGAGUCAGCGGUUUCUGGACUUAAUGCUGAAGAAGAUGGACAUCAGGAUUGCCAUGGCCAUCUGUCUGACAAGUUUUAUGGUGUUGUGAAUCAGGCCUCAAAUAUUACAGGCUCUGAAACUGUGGCCAGUGCUGGGGAAUCUAAUGAUAUGGAAAUUGAUGGAACUCUUGAUCAUAAAGCAGCAGUCAAUGAAGAGAGCUCAGCAAGCAUUAGUGUUCCCGCAAUAGAGGAGCCCCUUAAUUUUGAUGCCUUUAAUAACUCUGCUGAACUCGAGGUUUUUGGCUUGGAAAGGUUGAAGUCUGAACUGCAGUCACGUGGGAUAAAAUGUGGAGGUACUUUACAGGAGCGGGCUGCCAGGCUUUUUCUUUUAAAAUCGACUCCUCUGGAUAAACUUCCAAAGAAGCUGCUUGCAAAGAAGUGUCAAUUGUAUCCUCCGGCUUGGGGAACUGACUGA